AUGUCUUCUCCAUCAUCCGCAGGUUCGGGCAAGCGGAAGAGAACCAAUACCGGUCCUUCGAAGAACCUCACAAUGGAUCCCCUACAACAAGCAUCCUCUCGAGACGCGUCGGGUGAGGACGGAGAAUCAACUGCGCCAGAAACAACGACCAAGAAUCCCGCCAAACGGCUCCGAUCGUCUACACACGAAAAGGUCGUGAUUCCAAAUGGCGACCCAGGAGAGCCAUCCGAGAGUACAGAAGCGUCCGAGGAUAUUGAGAAGCGCGUUCGAAAGAGGAAGGGGAAGGACGAUGAGGAAGACGAAGGCUUACCGCAGUCCAUGGCUCCACCGCCAAUUGGAAAGCUCACAGAUCCAGUUGGGUACAAGACAAACCCAGCUCCGGCUGGCAGAGCAGUAAGAGUCUACGCCGAUGGAGUAUUCGAUCUUUUCCAUUUGGGACACAUGCGCCAGUUGGAACAAGCCAAGAAAGCCUUCCCAGAUGUGUAUCUGAUUGUUGGAGUGACUGGUGAUAAGGAGACACACAAGCGAAAAGGGCUCACAGUAUUGUCUGGUCAAGAGCGAGCUGAGACAGUGAGGCAUUGCAAAUGGGUCGAUGAAGUCAUUGAAGACUGCCCCUGGAUUGUCACCCCCAAGUUCCUGGAAGAGCACAAGAUUGAUUACGUUGCCCAUGACGAUUUGCCAUAUGGUGCUGAUGAGGGUGACGAUAUCUACAAACCUAUUAAGGAGGCUGGGAAAUUCCUUGUCACCCAGCGAACGGAGGGUGUCAGCACAACAGGUAUUAUCACUAAGAUCGUACGUGACUAUGAAAAAUAUAUUGCACGACAAUUUAAGCGUGGAACUUCCCGUCAAGAAUUGAACGUAUCAUGGCUGAAAAAGAAUGAGCUUGAUCUCAAACGCCACGUUUCUGAAAUGAGAGAGGCUAUCAGAUCAAACUGGACCACAACUGGCCAAGAAUUGGGCAAGGAGUUGAGGCAGUUCUGGCAAGCAAGCAGACCUGGAAGUCCCGCUCGUAUGGCUAGUUACGAUGAGUCGUCAAAGACUGGGCCACUCACCAGCCCAUCAGCUCUCUCACAUCUCAGCCGUCGGUUGGAAAUCCCAAGAGCAGACAGUCCUGGUCCAGGCAGCGAUUUCGCUACUGGAUACAGCCUUGGUCUCAUCGGUGGUGUACGAUCAUGGAUGACUCGAAGCCGUCAAACCAAUCGCGACAGUCUCCACGGCAGCGACAGCAGCGAAGAAGAUAGUGACGAACGCUCGCCUCCACGCGGCCGUUCAGGAAAGGAGCAAACCCAAAAAGAGGGCGAGGAAGAGAAGCUGGUCGAUGCCCAGAUUAAUGCACUAAUGGGGGAGAACUCGAAGCAUUCUGGUGCAUAG